AUGAGAUUGAGCAAUACUCUUGUCCUUGGUAUGGCUGGGACGGCAGUAGCAUCGUCCGCACUCGAGAAGAAGUCUUCCACAUUCACAUGGUUUGGGAGCAAUGAGUCUGGUGCAGAGUUCGGCACAGGUGAAAUCCCCGGCACUUAUGGAACUGAUUACACCUUCCCCUCCACCAUCAAUAUCCAGGUCUUGAUUGAUGAGGGUAUGAACAUCUUCCGUAUUCCAUUCCUGAUGGAACGAAUGGUGCCGACUGAGAUGACUGGGUCAAUCGAUAGCACCUACCUGUCCCGUCUGGAGACUGUUGUGAGCUACAUCACAGGAGAGGAUGCCUAUGCAGUUAUCUGCGCACAGAACUUUGGUCGAUACUAUGGCGAUAUUAUUAACAGCACUUCAAACUUCGAGGCAUUCUGGAAAACUGUUGCUGCGGAAUUCAAGUCGAACUCUAAGGUCAUCUUCGACACGAACAACGAGUACCAUGACAUGACGCAGUCCCUUGUCGUGGAACUGAACCAAGCCGCCAUCAAUGGUAUUCGUGCUGCAGGUGCCACAGAGCAGUUCAUUUUCGUAGAAGGCAACUACUACACCGGCGCCUGGACCUGGGAGGAGUACAACACUGACAUGUCUACUCUCACCGACACGGAGGACAAGAUCAUCUACGAGAUGCACCAGUACCUCGAUGAAGAUGGCUCAGGUACCAGUGCAACUUGCGUCUCGUCUACUAUCGGCCAGGAGCGUCUUGAGUCGGCGACAGCAUGGCUCAAGGCAGAAGACAAAAAGGCCAUUCUCGGCGAAUUUGCUGGCGGCGUCAACACUGAUUGCAAGGAGGCUAUCACUGGUAUGCUGACUUAUAUGCAGGAGAAUUCUGAAUACUGGAAGGGUGCCAUGUGGUGGUCUGCUGGGCCAUGGUGGGGUGACUAUAUCUUCAGUAUGGAGCCUCCUGAUGGCACUGCGUAUGAGGGCAUGUUGUCGACCAUCAAGACAUACUUCCCAUAA